CCCUCUCUCUCUCUCACGUGCCCUUUCUCCACCCCUGCUCUCUCUCUCCGUCCAUUAGCAGGAAGAACAGAUCCCUGACGGAGGAGAAGGAACAGAAGAAAGCCAGAGAGAGAGAGAAGCGAGAACGACAGAGGACGAAGGGAGGAGAAGAUAAAAGCAAAGAGACGAAAAGAAAAAAGAAAAGAGAGGAAGAAAAGAGAAGAAGAAGAGACGAGGCGGAGGAGAAGCACUGAAGCAUCAUGAACGCUCUGAUGAAGGGAUUCAGCAUGGCCAAGGACGGAGUGGUGGCCGCCGCCGAGAAGACCAAGGCCGGCGUGGAGGAGGCGGCCGCCAAGACCAAGGAGGGGGUGAUCUACGUCGGGAACAAGACGAAGGAGGGCGUGGUGACCAGCGUGAACACAGUGGCCCAGAAGACGACCGAGCAGGCCAACAUCGUGGCCGACUCCGCGGUCACCGGCGCCAACGAGGUCGCCCAGGCGGCGGUGGAGGGCGUGGAGAACGCAGCGGUGGCGAGCGGAUUGGUGACUGCGGCUGACGCCACUCACCCACAGGGAGGAGGAGAACCGGCUGCAGAGGAGGCGCAGUAGACUCCUCCUCAGCAUCACUUCCUGGUUCCUUCCUGUCCAAUCAGCAGAAAGAGAGAGAGAGAAGAGGGGCCUUUAUGUCUAAGCUGUCGCUCGCCCCUCUCACCUCUGACCCUCCUCUGUUUGUGUGAUUUAACAUAAUUAACCAAUAGAGAGCCUGCUCCUCGUUGCCAUGGUUACACUGCCUCCCCUCUCCCCCAGUUAUAAUCCAUACUGUACGAUGCACACGAUUCAUCCAUCCUGCUUCCUGACAUCUCUACACACACACACACACACACACACACACACACACACACUCACACACACACACACACACACACACUCUCUCUCACACACACACACACACACACACACAAACAUGUUUGUUUGUUAGCUCGUGCUUAAUUUUGUUCCAGAAACAAAUCAGGUGAAUCCAAUUUGCAUCCAAACUGACUCCAAACUGACCUUGCCCUCUUUUAUCCAGCAUUCACCUUGUGCCAUCACACAGGCCACGCCCCCAUGCCACAGGUCACGCCCCCCACAUCAAUCACCUACCUGGCCCCUCCCCUGUCAAAUGUCAAAAAAGAUCUUUUAAACCUUUUACACUUUGUUUUUUCUGACAAGACUGCAUGUUGCCUUUCUAACACACACACACACACACACACACACACACACAAACACACACACGCACACACGCACACAUGCACGCACACACACACACACACACACACACACACACACCAACAAAGAGCUUGUCUUCUAACUCAGAACACAGAUGUGCUGCUUAUGAGUCUGCAGAUUUCUUCUUUUAUAAAAACAACCGAACUGAAAUAAAGAUGAUUUUGAAAUCCAA